UUUGACUGACGCGGGCCUCAGCCAAUCGGGCGCCUGAAUCGCUUUGCAUUGCGUUGACGACAAGGAAGAGGGGGGAGGGACGUUAGCAACAGUUGCCCGGGUGAGGGACGGAGCGGCCAUAGCCACGGUAGUCGUGGCGACAAGAACCCCGGCAACAGGAAUCAACAACAACAACCCCCGGCGCCACCGGGCCCGGUCCCCCGCCGCACCGGGCGGCAUUUUUUCUCGCCGGCAGGGCGGUGCCAGUGUUUCCCCACCUCGGGCACACGCAGCUGUCCAGCCUCGGAGUGAAGCCCCAACAUCACGCUGACUGAGCGGACACGGCGCCGCCGCCACGGGGGAAAGCGCUGCUUAGUCUCCCGUAGGGUUGCAGACCUGUUCACCAACCAGGAUGGCGACUCAGACCUACGUGGCAGAACUCCAGACGACUUCACCUGCUUCUGGCCAGGCUACACCUCAACAGUAUGUGGCAGAACUUCAAGUGGCUCCACCCACACCUACCAACCAGACAACGGGACCGCAGACGCCAGCCCCCCAGCAGUACAUUGUGGUCACUGUAUCUGAAGGAGCCAUGAGAGCCAGUGAUGGAGAGCUGAGUCCCGGGGGAUCCUCUACGCCGCAGACUUCUGUGCCCACGCAGGUAGUGCAGCAAGUGCAAGCUGCACAGCAGCGUCUGGUGCUGCAGAGCACUCCGCAGGGUACCAAGGCAGCACAAGUCUCUCUCGCGGUUCACACGGUGCAACAGACGGCACACUCCCCACCUGAGAGUGACAGCUCUCCGCUAAAGACAAAUCAGAGCCAGGCACUGGUAAUACAUGGAACUCCACAGGAGCGCUCCGUUGUACAGACAACGUCUCAGCCCCAGAAGUCUUCUCCAGUGCACCAGCUCAAUGUCCAGGCUCUGCAGCAUGUCCAGAGCACAUCGGAGGUUCAGCAGAUGCAGCAAGUCCCUGUACAGCACAUAUAUCCUGGGCAGGUCCAGUAUGUGGAAGGAGGAGAUGCCAACUACACUGCAAGCACCAUCCGCUCUGGUUCCUACACCUACACCGAGACCCCACUUUACAGCCAAGCCACAGGAUCUACUUAUUUCGAGUCUCAAAGUGCCACAGGGCAGGGAAGCUCUCCUACACCCUCACCAACUGUGGCCAGUAGCCCCAUGUAUGUAUCCGGAGGGCAGAUCCUUGCCAGUGCCACCCCUCCUGGGUCUUCUGGUGGAGCUGCAGCAAGUGGAGGAUCAGGAUCUGGGACCUAUGUCAUACAGGGUGGAUUUAUAAUGGGCAACUCUACGCAGCCCUACUCUCACACCACACGUGCCUCUCCUGCCACAGUGCAGUGGCUACUGGACAAUUAUGAGACAGCAGAGGGAGUGAGCCUCCCACGCAGCACCCUUUACUGCCACUAUUUGCUGCACUGCCAGGAGCAGAAGCUGGAGCCAGUCAAUGCUGCCUCCUUUGGAAAGCUCAUCCGCUCAGUCUUCAUGGGAUUGCGCACUCGACGGUUGGGAACCAGAGGAAACUCCAAAUAUCACUACUAUGGUCUCCGUAUAAAAGCCAGCUCUCCCCUCCUGCGGCUCAUGGAGGAUCAGCAGCAUCUUGCUAUGCGGCAACAGCCAUUCUCCCAGAAACAGAGGAUGAAGCCCAUUCAGAAAAUGGAAGGAAUGAGUAAUGGGAUAGGAGGCCAGCAGUCAGCCUCUGGCCUUUUAGAUAUCAGCUCCCAGGUUCAGCAGUACCAGCAGUUCUUAGAUGCCUCCCGGACUCUGCCUGAGUUUACAGACAUAGACCUACAGGAAAAACCUCUUCCCGAUGGAGUCAUUUUGGCCGACAUCAAGGCCUUCCAGCUGCUUUAUCGAGAGCACUGUGAGGCUAUAGUGGACGUGGUGGUGAAUCUUCAGUUCACCCUGGUGGAGACCCUGUGGAAAAAAUUUUGGAGGUUCAACCAGACUCAGCACAGCGACAGCCCUGUAGAUGAUGAAGCAGAGAAACGAUUGCCAAAGGACAGUUUGGUGCUUUUGUCAAAGUACGAGCCUUUGCUGAAAUGGAGCCGGGACUGUGACCACUUGCUAUACCAGGGCCUUGUGGAGACCCUCAUCCCGGAUGUGCUACGUCCAAUUCCCAGUGCCCUGACACAGGCCAUCCGAAACUUUGCCAAGAGUCUAGAGAGUUGGUUAACAAGUGCAAUGAUGAAUAUUCCGGAGGAGAUGGUCAGAGUGAAGGUUGGUGCUGCAAGUGCAUUUGCCCAGACUUUGCGGCGCUAUACAUCGCUAAAUCACCUGGCCCAGGCCGCCCGCGCUGUGCUGCAGAAUACCGCUCAGAUCAACCAGAUGCUAAGCGACCUGAACCGUGUGGAUUUCACCAAUGUGCAGGAGCAGGCAUCCUGGGUGUGUCGGUGUGCGGAUCGCGUUGUCCAUCGGCUGGAGCAGGACUUUAAGCUAACGUUACAACAGCAGAGCUCACUGGAGCAGUGGGCCGAGUGGCUGGAUAGUGUCGUCUCUCAAGUGCUGAAGCCACAUCAAGGAUCACCCAGUUUUUCCAAGGCUGCCAAACUCUUCCUCCUCAAGUGGUCCUUCUACAGCUCGAUGGUGAUUCGAGAUCUCACUCUGCGCAGUGCGGCCAGCUUUGGCUCCUUCCAUCUUAUCCGCCUGCUGUAUGACGAGUACAUGUACUAUCUGAUAGAGCAUAGGGUGGCCCAAGCCCGGGGAGAGACCCCCAUCGCUGUCAUGGGAGAGUUUGCAAACGUGAGCAGCUCAUCGCAACCCAUGGAUCAGGACAAGGAUGAGGAAGAAGAAGAAGAUGAUGAGAGUGAUGAGGAAGUAACCCAUGAGCUUUCACUAAAUAUCGAUUCCUCCAAUUCCCUCGAGCCACCGAGCAAGCUCGCACGUACGGACUCCCAGGGGAUCUUUGUGCAGGUCCCGUCCACUACCUAAUCAGCACCUGAUUGGCCAACGUUACACCAGAGCCUUCUGGGAGCGCACGGAUUGGACGGGGGAGGGGGAUAUUACCUCCGUACCAACAAAAUCCCCACAAUGCACUAUCUAUGAUAUGAGAUCAUUACAACUACAAGGAUAAGGGCUGUAAGACCUGGCUGUGUCCUCUAUACCAGUCACCGAUGACCACUAUAUGUGUAUGUAUAUAAUCAACUAUAUAUACAUACAACUCGCCCACAAAGCACAGACUGCAAGGAAAGCGAAUUGUAUAUAUCUAGUAUACCAUCCAUUGUGAGGCUGUGCAUCCAACAAUGUGUACAUAGCUCGGCGAGCUUAAUGCAAGCUUAUCUCGUGCGUGUCUAUAUGUAUAUUCAUAUUCUAUAUAUAGAGUAAGUGUAUUUUAAAAUGCAGAAGUCCUGCCCUUAUAAAAUCCUGCAAAAUUUGGAAACUCGAAGUCCACCAGUCUUAUACGAGAACCCGUAUGGUGCCAGCCGGGUAAAUUCUCUGUGCCAUGACAAGCGUAC